AUGGCUUUCGUUUUGGCUCCACUGUUGCUUGUCUUGCUUUGUCCUUUUCCUCCUCUUGUCCGUGCAGCAGAACAUGAACAUGGAGACGACUACUACAUGGUAGUGGCCGUGAGCUCGCUGAAACCGAAAGCCUCAUCCUACUGCUUGGGACACAGGGUGAUUCCGCCCCCCAACGGCACGUGGAUACCAGUGGAUCUCCCUCACGGCCCCUGCUCGCUAUCGUCGUCGAACGCGGCGGCGCCACCGUCCGUGGCCGAGCUGCUCCGCCGGGACCAGCGCCGCGCCGACGACGUCCAGAGGAGGCUGUUUAUUAGCAAGAAUGGCACCAACGACAGCAAGGAUGAUAAGCCACCGGCGGAUACUGAUGAAUCAGAGCUCAACACCGGGGCCAGAACGCAAGUCGAGAUGGGCACAACGGCGGACACUGAUUCAACGGCGAUGAGCUUUGACCCUGCGGCGACCGUCGGCGGCAGCGGGGCGGCGCCGCUCCGGCCGGGCGUGAUCCAGACGGUGGUGCUGGACACGGCGAGCGACGUGCCGUGGGUGCAGUGCGUGCCGUGCCCCGUGCCGCCGUGCCACCCCCAGACGGACACCUUCUACGACCCGACCAAGUCGCCCACGUACGCCGCCUUCUCCUGCGGCUCCCCCUCCUGCCGGCAGCUCGGCCCCUACGCCAACGGCUGCGUGAACAACCAGUGCCAGUACCGGGUCACCUACCCCGUCGACGGGUCGUCGACGUCGGGCACGUACAGCUCCGACCUGCUCACGCUCAACCCCAACACCAGGAUCAACAACUUCAAGUUCGGGUGCAGCCACGUCGACCAGGGCAACUUCGACAACACCACCGCCGGGAUCAUGGCGCUCGGCGGCGGCCCGGAGUCGCUGGCGUCCCAGACCGCGUCCACCUACGGCCGCGCCUUCUCCUACUGCAUCCCGCCGUCGGCGAGCUACUUCGGCUUCUUCGUCCUCGGAAUGCCGCGGGCCGCGUCGUCGUCGAGGUACGUGGUAACGCCCAUGCUCAGGGACAAGCGGGCGCCGGCGACAUUCUACCGCGUGCAGCUCCGGGCCAUCACCGUCGGCGGGCAGCGACUGAGCGUGCCGGCCACGGUCUUCGCCUCCGGCACGGUGCUGGACUCCCGCACGUCCAUCACGCGCCUGCCGCCGACGGCGUACCAGGCGCUGCGCGACUCGUUCAGGAGGAGCAUGAGCAUGUACCGCGCGGCUGCACCUAAAGGCAGCCUCGACACCUGCUACGACUUCACCGGCGUCCGCAGCGUGAAGCUGCCCAAGGUCGCGCUGGUGUUCGACGGGGACGCCACCGUGCAGCUGGACCCGUCGGGCGUCCUCUUCCACGACUGCCUCGCCUUCACCUCCAACAUGGAUGACCGCAUGCCGGGGAUCCUCGGCAACGUGCAGCAGCAGACCAUCGAGGUGCUAUACAACGUCGGCGGAGGGUCAGUCGGAUUCCGCCGCAACGCCUGCUGA